AUGGGCACCAACAUUGUCAACUGCAUCGCCGUCUACCUCGCCGUCUCCCUCGGGGCUUCACUGGUCAGGUCAACUCCUCUGGUGAGGACGGAUUCAGGAGCUCAGCUGGAGCGGGACUGGGGUCAGCAGAUCCGGCUGAAGCACCUGUACAUGGAGGGGAACAGCAGGCACUUACAGAUCAACCCUGAUGGGCACAUUGACAGCUCCAACUCCCAGAACUUUUACACUCUGCUGGAGAUCAAAGCAGUGGAACCAGGACACGUGGUGAUCCGGGGAGUGAGGACGGGACGGUACCUCUGCAUGGACACUGAAGGCAGCAUUUUCGGAUCAAUAACCUACCGUGAGGAUGAUUGCAAUUUCAAAGAGGAACAGUUACAGACAUUUUACAAUGUGUACCACUCGCCAAGGCACAAGAAGGUGUUAAGCCUGAGCCUAGACAAGCGUCCAUUCAUUCCGAACAGAGAGCUGCCUCCGCUGUCAAUGUUCUUGCCACGGGAAAACGAGUUGCCAACUACGACACACAGCCGGAGGAACCCCGAACGAGAGGCCAAUGACACAGACCCCUUCGGGAUGAGAGCCGGACAACUAGCGAGUCCCAAACUCUCCAGAAUUGGCCGAGGAUAAUGCUGCAGACUCGUGUUAUGCCGACUUUAGAAUCCAAUGGCUGUGAUCGACAACAUUGGCCCAAAAGUACUCUCACCAGGAUCAGAUUCAACCUAUCUAUUCAUAACUGUGUAGUCCAACAAAGGGAAUUAGU